AUGUUCCAGGUUGUGGUCUCUCGGACCUGGAUACGGCUCACCCUUCAUCCUGUACGUACGAAGUAUGUCAUGGUGCAUAAGCUGGGCACUCUUGGCCCGUUGGCUAAGGGGGAGAAGGGAGAGGGUAGGGAAGAGAGGCUGGGUAUGGAAGGCUGGAAGUCCCGGGGACUUUCUGGUGGGAGCGGGGCAUCUAGGAUGGCAAGCCUGGUCGGCGGCGGCGAUGGUGGGUCGUCGGUCGUCGGUCGUCGGUCGUCGGUCAUCGAAGUCACCCGAGUGACGCGCACCUACCGCGACGGCGGCUAUGACUCCGACGACGACGACGGCCAUAGUUCCAUAGUCAGCCGCUCCCGGGCUGGCGACGGCUCCUAUCGUACCGUCCAGAGAUACCGCGUCACGCCCAGCAGGAUAGAGGAAGUCGAGAUCGACCGCCGUUCCACCAGACUCGAUGCCCCGCGCGCCGAGCGCAUCGAAAUCGACCGCCGCAGUGAACGCUUCGUCGAGCCCGAGAGGCCCCGCAGCUCCAUCGACAUCCGGCCGCGGAGCACCUACAUCGAGCGGGUCAUCGAGCGAGAACCCGAGCCGGAGCGCGAGCGUGAACGCGAGCGCACACGAACCGUCGUCUACGAGCGGGACCGGCGCGACCCGGUGGAGCGCAGUCCGUGGGACCGGGGUCCGGCCCAGCCCUGGGAGUUGGAGCGGGACGUGCGGGAGACGGACCUCGUUCGGGUGGAGAAGCGCACGACGAGCGAGAGAAGGGAAGAGCCGUACGAGCUAGAGAGAUAUCAGAGGGAGACCGAGUACUACGAUCGGCCGGAACCACCCCCCCAGCCCAUCAUCAUCCGGCAGCGGGCCCCGGAACCCCAGCAGAUCAUCGUGCAAGAAGCCCCCGCGCCGCCACCCAUCGUCCUCCCGCCGCGCGAGGAGCAGGUCCAGAUUGUGAGGCAGGAAGUCAAGCAGGAGGUGGCGCGAGUCCCCGAGCCGAGACGAGCGGAAGAUGAAUACUACUACCGCAAAGAUGUGCGCCAGGUGGGGCCCGGGGGCAGGCGCAAAGACGAGGAGUUUGCCAUGGCCAGGUACGAUCGCCGAGACAUCCGCCCGCGAGACUCGGUCAGCGAUCGGGCCUACAGCGAUAGCGAAGACUACGUCGUGAGGAGGAAAAUCGUCCGCCGAGAGCGAAGCCGAAGCAGCAGCCCACAUCACCGGAGACAUCUCGCCGAAGGCGCACUGGCGGGCGCGGGAGUAGCUGCUCUGGUCGCCGACCACCGGAAGAAGACGGGCGAAGGAGGCGGGCACGGCAAACGGAAUGUGGUUGGGGGAGCGGCUCUCGGGGCCAUCGGCGCAGAAGUUCUCACCAGAGCGCGGAGUCGGUACCGCGACUACAGCCGCUCGAGGUCCAGAUCCAGCAGUCGACAUUCACACCACAAGGUCAAGACUGCGCUUGGUCUUGCUGCCGCUGGUCUGGCGGCCGCGGCGGCGGCAAAGUACGUCUCGAACCGCAAACAGACCAGGGAGGAGAUGGGCCGGGGACGAAGUCGGACGCGAAGUGUCUCGAGACGUCGCGGUUCCCGAUACGGCUACGAUUACGACUCCUACGACGAUGAGCGGUCAAAGAGCCGAAGCCGCAGCAAGCAUGCCGAUCCCAAACACAGAGCUGCUAGCAUCGCAAAGGCAGGAGCUGCGACGGCCGCGGUCGCUGGGGUUGUGGAGCAUUUCCGGAGCAAGUCGCGCAAACGAAGCGGAUCGAGAUCAAAGUCACGCCUACGAACCGGCGCUGAGAUUGCGGGUGCUGGACUGGCGGGAGCCGCCGUGGCAGGACUGUACGAGAACCGCAAGGCAGGUGAGGACCGCACCAUGGGAGUUGAAGACGAUAGGAGAUCGCGGAGGAGAAGCAGGUCGCGAAGGAGCAGGUCGCGAAGAAGCAGGUCGAGAGCCAGAUCUCUAGGCGCACAUUCGGAUCCUGGCGUUGACCCAGAGUUAGGAAUGGUGCAGUACGGUACUGAGCCCGUGUACACCCACCAACAGACCACGACGUACCCAGGAGGGUACGACGAACCAGCGGCGGCGGCCUACGGGGCUACCCGAAGCCGAUCUCGUCGCCGCCGACACUCCUCAUCUAGCUCAGGCGGCCGAAGGCGCAGUCGGUCCGUUGCCAAGGUUGCCGCGGGCACCGCAGCAGCAGCUAUCGGUAUGAAUCAGUACCAGAAGAGAAAGGGCAGAAAGGAGGCAGAUAGGGAGAGGGAACGCAGACGAUACGAAGAAGAGGAGCAGCCGCCCGAGAACUACUACGCUCGCGAUUAUCAAGACGACUACUCUCCUUCUCCUCCACAUGCUUCUGGCGGCUCGUACUACCCCCAGAACAACGCCUUCCCGCCACCGCCUCAACCCGGCUUUACCCAACACACCACGACUUCUACAACGCACGUGACCCGCGAUGGCAUCCCCCCUUACAACCCGGCCGACUGGGCCAACCCACCACCACCACCACUGCACCAUGAUCCGUAUGUCUACUCAGGGCACCAUGCGGGUGAGAAUCCAUACUUUCCCCCGCCCCCUGUAGCUCCUCUCCCCGAUGAUCAUACUCGCGAUCCAUUUCAGCGUGAUCUGUUUGGCCGCGAGGAGGGCGGUCUAAAUAAUCCCUACACUCCAAGCAUCUCGCCCUUCUCAACGUCCCCUCAGUCUCCUCCACGCCCAACCAACAAAUCCGUCGUCUUCGCGCCCCUCUCACCUACUUCGUCCCGCCGCCUGGCAGAUAUCCAUGAAAGCGCCGCUCCCAGUAACUCUAAUUCCCACAACCAUUCCGCAUCACACGCAGAACGUUCUUCUUCCGUCUCGGACUUUGAAACAGCACUCGUACGCACAUCUCAACCUCGUGAUCGGGAGCGCGACAGGGAAGGAGACUCAUCUUCUCGCCGCCGUCGCCGCCGCAGACGCAACUCCGACACAACUUCUGACCGGCCUAUUCAACCUUCUAAACAUCGCCGCCGUCACAAAGCAUAUUCUCGCUCUCCGUCGCCCAACUCUUCCGAAGACGAAGUUGAAAUCUUGCCAGACCGUUUUGAUCGCGACGGUCGGCCUUUAGAUCGUUAUGGUAAUGCAUACAUGAACUCGCCAUUGAGAGGUGGAAAGAGAGACAGAGGUGGUGGUGAUUUUAUGAGCGGUGCGUCAAGUGGGCUUGGCGGCGGGCAGACUGAGAUGGUGGAGAAGCUGGUAGGCGGUUUUGGGGAGGUCAUGGAAGGAAGGAAAACCUGGAAGGACCUCUUGAGGGGCUUUCUCGAGGAGGCGGCGGGAUCGGUGAUUUCUCUCUAUCUUCUCUUAGCUUUCUUUGGAUCUGGUAUACGACGACGUAAGACGGGUAGUGGUGUGUUUGAGUACAAGAGCCAACUGGAAGCUGGAUCUGGGGAUAUCUCAAGGUGGAAAGAGCGGAUGGGUAACGAAUGA